AUUGAUAGGAACGUCACAUAUAUUCACAUGGGCAAACAGGCAGACAAGGCUACGCUUGGUGUGAUUAUGAAGGGCUUAGCACAGGGCUGUUGUUGUGUUGUAUGUGGGAUGCUUGAGUUUGCUUAACUGAGCAUUCCUCCUCAUGCAUACUCGAAUCGGCACAUGGUUACUGGCAUUGACAAACUCAUCACACACACGCACACAUGUUGGGCGCUGUUGGCAGCUUUGUUCUAGUUUGCUGACAGAUAGGCAGAGGAAGACAUCCAACACAUUCUCAUAAUGCUGUUUCUCAGGUUUAAGCUAACUCUCUUUGCGUACCAACUCUGAGCUCCUCUCUCUGCGCCCGACGUGUCCAUUGCGAUGAACGCUUCGCGCUCGAUCAGCAUGGGAAUCCCCACUCAAGUCCCUAACAGCACGGCGGUGAGUGCGGACACUCUGGCCCCGUUGAAUUACAGCGCAGUGAGCGCGCACAAGCUGAUGGAGCUGCCCGCGCGAACCACUACGGUGGCAAUGGUGCAGAAUGUUCGAUAUCUUUUCCCUACUGUGGAUGUCCCAGACCACGCUCACUACACCAUCGGCUCUGUCAUUCUGGCAGUGGGCAUCACCGGCAUGGUGGGAAACUUCUUGGUCAUGUAUGCCUUCUGCAAGAGUAGGAGUCUGAGGACACCUGCCAACAUGUUCAUCAUUAAUUUGGCUGUCACUGACUUUCUGAUGUGUGUCACUCAGACGCCAAUCUUCUUCACCACCAGUUUGCACAAGCGAUGGAUCUUUGGGGAAAAAGGCUGUGAGUUAUAUGCAUUCUGCGGCGCUCUGUUUGGUAUCUGCUCAAUGAUCACGCUCAUGGUUAUUGCAGUAGAUCGAUACUUUGUGAUCACUCGUCCUUUGGCCUCGAUUGGUGUUUUGUCACGAAAACGAGCCCUGUUGAUACUCUUCGCUGCUUGGGUGUACUCUAUGGGCUGGAGCCUGCCCCCAUUCUUUGGAUGGAGUGCGUAUGUUCCUGAAGGUUUGCUAACAUCCUGUUCGUGGGACUACAUGACCUUCAGUCCUUCAGUACGUGCCUACACGAUGCUGCUCUUUACAUUUGUAUUCUUCAUCCCCCUCUUUGUCAUCAUGUAUUGCUACUUCUUCAUCUUCAGGGCUAUCCGUGAUACCAACAGAGCUGUGGGAAAAAUCAAUGGAGAAGGAGGACUCAGAGACUCUAUCAAGAAGAUACACCGAAUGAAAAAUGAAUGGAAGAUGGCGAAGAUAGCGCUUAUAGUGAUCCUGCUCUAUGUCAUCUCUUGGUCUCCAUACUCCUGUGUAGCUCUUACUGCUUUUGCUGGAUACGCUGACAUUCUCACACCAUACAUGAACUCUGUGCCUGCUGUAAUUGCCAAAGCAUCCGCCAUUCACAACCCAAUCAUCUACGCCAUCACUCACCCCAAGUACAGGUCUGCCAUUGCAAAGUACAUACCAUGUCUGGGAGUGCUGCUGUGUGUACCUCGUAGAGACCGGUUUAUGAGCAGUAGCUUUAUGUCCACACGACGCUCCACCGUAACUAGCCAGUCCUCUGAGACCAGCAGCAACAUGCACCGUGCCGGGAAAGCACGCUUGUCCUCGGUGUCUGACAGCGAGUCGGGCUGGACGGACACAGAGGCAGAUCUCUCCAGCAUGAGUUCACGGCCUGCUAGCCGUCAGGUGUCAUCUGACAUCCGGAAAGAUUUGUCAGAUGUCAAACACACCAGCUCUCUGAGGCUGAAUGUCAAGAGCAGAGACUCUGGUAUCUUCGACAGAACCUCAGCUCAGAGUCUAACUGAGCCGAUCGUGAACUGGACCAGUGCAUAUAUCAGUGUGGCAGGCGACAAAGAAGAGAUCUCCAUGGCUGAGGUCAGUCCGUCCAGUUGUAUCUCGUCCUCUCCGUAUUCAGACAAAGUUGAUGAGAAAAGACUGUUGGUUCGGAUCCCUUCCAUCAUUGUAACGUCAGAGUCCAGUCCAGCCCUCAACUCAGUAGGGCACAGCAGUGGCUCCUCCAGACAGCUCCCAGGUGCUUCGGUGGAGGAAGCUUCUUUCUCUGUGGACCCUGCUAGCAUUGACUGAAUACGGGCUACACUACCACAGACUUAUACUGAAGGACACAAACUCUUUGUUAUCUGACUUGUUCCUUCCACCAUUUUGUCUCCUUUACACAGGGCUCAAAAUUGAACCUGCAUGCUGUUACAACUGACAUCUGAAAUUUGGCAGUGCUGUUAUUGUUGUAAACUUUUGCCUGUUUCGAGAUGGAAACUGGGUGACCACAGCCUACAAGGUGAACAAGGUCUGUAUCUCUAUAAGAAAGUAGGCUCAGGACAGCCUUUCAGGCUUCUUUCAGUGGUGUGGAGAUGAUCCUCUCCUCUCAGGGAAGAAUUCGACAGUUCCGAAAAGCAAACGGUUGUGGAUUGACACUGCUCUAUGUAUUCAGAUACUUCUAUCCCUUUAGUGAGAUGCUUCAUCCAUUGAAGGUUGUGAUUUAGGCCAUUGGAAUAAACGGUUCCCAGUGCCUGCACAAGAUCAAAAACAACACAUGAUCUGUGACUUGAAGAUUCAUAUGCCUAGUUUUGACCAUCCAGAGAUUUAGGUAUCACUAUGAAAUGUAGAGCCCUGUAUACAGGUGUAAAAGUGGAUAUUUUGAUGUUUCUUUAAAGGUGAAGUGUGUAAUUUCAUGUCAAAAUAUUUUCAUUGUUACGGCUGAGAAUCGAUAAAUGGCCGAUACUUACAUUCCACGCUAUUCUGUCUAUAUUAUAAAAAAAAUAAAAUAAAAAAAUAAUUACUUUUUAAAUGAAACUAGUGAAUUUAGACAUCACAGAAUUAUGUACAGUGGCAACUGUACAUAAUGCACAAUUAAAUGCCCAAUGACUAAAAACUUAAAUCUCUACAUUAACAGAUAUAUUUUGCACCCUUAAUUUUAAAAUUGAUAAAUAAUUUAAUUAAACACUUCAGCUUCAAACUAUCAGGUAUUCCUAUCAACAUUCAUAAUGAAAUAAGCACUUUAAGAAUCAAUUCUUGCUGCUGAUCAAAAAUAAAACUUUCGUCUUGAUUAGUUUAUAUAUUCUUUUCAGAACUGCCAAUACGUAUAUAUUUGUCUAUUGAAUGUUCAUACGAAAGUGUGCUCAACAAAUGAUCUUGACUGAAUGAUUUUUCAUGCUUUGUUGUUGUGCCAUGUUUCUCUAUCCACGUGUGAAAAUCCCCAUGUUUGUGAUCACCUGCAUGCUUUCUUAAUGUAAAAUAGGCUUUUUUUUUGAUAGAAAUAUUUGGUUUUUAAAUGUUUUUAAUUCUUUGUGCAGGCUACAAUAACAUCAAAAUCCCUAUAAAUGUGAAAAUGGUCUUUUAAAUGCAAAUGACUGGUCUCAGAGCCCGUGGCUGUAAUGAACUGUACCUUUCAGAUGCAGAUUUGACUUUCUGCUGGAUUUUAGAGAUGCUUUAGUGGGAUUAAUAUGCCAGUUUCUGGGAGUCCUUAGGGAUUAGAGGGGAAACGCUUUUAACAAGAUUAGUUUUGGGGAAGUAGUCAGCCAGAACGCUCCAUUGCUUUUUAAGGCUGCUGUGUUCUCAAAGUUACAUAUACACUUUCGCAUUUACUGGUCUCUGAAACAGAUCAAAUUCACUGUCAGUCUCUCCUAAAGAGAUGUUUACCUUUUCAUUUAGAGGUAAAUAUGCUUCGUAGAUGUUUUAUGAUUUUCUAUGGGGUACCUGACCUGCAUAUUUACUGAUGUUGCCAGAAUGUUCACCUGAUUAGCAACUCUUGAAUUAGCAUUGAUACACAUUUAGCAGUGAACACCUACUGUAUAUCCAGUCACUCACAGUUAUCAAGUAGGUCAAUAGUGUGUCCUGCUGACUUGCAUGUGAUUUGUUGCCUGGACGCCGUCGGAGUGACAUAAUCAAGUGCUAUAUAAAUGAUAAAUGAGCUUAUCAGCAAAAGCCGCAGGUCAUACAUUAUAUUUGUGAUAACUUUGUCACGUCUUCAUUGCCCUUCCCUAUGUUGUCCUGACUCCAGUUCUGAAGCUGCUGUCAUAUUAUAUUUAUAUGUGCAUGGUAAAAUUCAUACAGUAAUUAAAUUAAAACUUAAAAUGCCCCUAAAAAAUAAGUACAUAAGUACAUUGAUCAAACAUGGACCUGUAAUGUUUGAGUGACAGUUUGUCCUGCCCUUGCGCCAACAAACAUGUCAUUAAUAAAGAGAUUUGACUGCAAGUGUGAGGGGAAGGUAUUUUGAUGAAAGAUUAAAAGAAAAAAUAAUGAUGUGCACGGAUAAAUAAUUUAUAAUAAGUACUACAAUAUUUCCAUAAAAACACCUAAGAAUUGUUCAUUUUGAUUUCAUGACUUUAAGACCUACAGCAGCUUCGAUUGGGCAAACCACAGUUCAGAUCCAGACAGUCCACAGAGACAAAGAAAUAUAAAUCGUUAUGUAAGCUUGAACAUAUUUGCUAGUCAAGUAGUGCAGAUUAGAUGGUACACUGUAAAAAUGAAUAUGCUUCAUCUAAUCAAUAGAAUUGUGGCAACAGAUUA